GCCCCGUCCGGGACUCGCCGCUGCACCAUCGGAGACCGCCAAGGAGCAGCGCAUCCGCAACGAAGCGAGGACCUCCCCGUGCGGUUCGCCUGCCGCCGGCUCCCGCCCUCGCCGUCGAGACCUCUCUGCGGUCCCGUCCGGACUCCGGGCGCUGCUGCUCGCGGGGAGUCCCGAGGAAGAGCCCUGGACCGGAGAUCGACGGCGCGCAGAGAGGCUCCGCGGACCAGGCAGGGAGCAGCGCCCGUCCCGCUCGUCGCAGCGCCCUGACGGGGAGGCACCACCGCCGCUCGGCAGCGCCCCGCACCCGGAGCGGGUCCGCCGGGGGCCGCCGCCCCGCACUCGCCGGAGUCGGUACCGCCGCGCCGGGGUAACCGCCGAGAUUGCUUUUGGAGGAGCGGAGCGCGGCGGGGGCGAGGAGGAGGAGGCGGGAGAAGCGCCCGGAGGAGGCGGCCGCCAGCGCGGGGCGGGCGGCGGCUCGCCGGGGCGGCGGGUGGACACCAUGUCCAAGCCGGUGGAUCACGUCAAGAGGCCGAUGAACGCCUUUAUGGUGUGGUCGCGGGCACAGCGACGGAAGAUGGCCCAGGAGAACCCGAAGAUGCACAACUCUGAGAUCAGCAAGCGCCUGGGCGCCGAGUGGAAGCUGCUGACCGAGUCGGAGAAGCGGCCCUUCAUCGACGAGGCCAAGCGGCUUCGGGCCAUGCACAUGAAGGAGCACCCUGACUACAAGUACCGGCCCCGGCGGAAGCCCAAGACACUGCUCAAGAAGGACAAGUUCGCCUUCCCCGUGCCCUACGGGCUGGGCGGCGUGGCGGACCACGAGCACCCGCACGGGCUGAAGGCGGGCGGGCUGCACGGCGGUGCGGCCGGCGGGCUGGUGCCCGAGUCGCUGCUGGCCAACCCCGAGAAAGCGGCGGCCGCCGCCGCCGCUGCCGCCGCCCGCGUCUUCUUCCCCCAGUCGGCCGCUGCUGCUGCCGCCGCUGCCGCUGCUGCUGCCGCCAGCAGCCCUUACUCCCUCCUGGACCUGGGCUCCAAAAUGGCCGAGAUCUCCUCUUCCUCCUCUUCUUCGGGCUCCGGGCUGCCCUAUGCCUCUUCGCUGGGCUACCCAGGCGCCGGCGGGGCGGGCGCCUUCCACGGUGCCGCCGCUGCCGCCGCCGCCGCCGCGGCCGCCGCCGGGGGGCACACGCACUCGCACCCAUCGCCCGGUAACCCGGGCUACAUGAUCCCCUGCAACUGCAGCGCUUGGCCUGGCCCGGGGCUGCAGCCUCCCCUCGCCUACAUCCUCCUGCCGGGCAUGGGCAAGCCCCAGCUGGACCCUUACCCCGCAGCCUACGCCGCGGCCCUAUGACCCGCGGCCGGAGGAUGCCCGCGCAGAGCCCCGGCGCCCACCUAGAUGGGUGUCGGUGCAUACGUGCGGCCGGGGAGCGGGGACAGACGCCGCUGAGUGGUGUCGGGGCCGGCGGCGGCGAGGAGGUGGCCGAGGCCGCAGCCGACCUGUUGCGCGUCGCUCGCCGAGGGGCGCGUCCCCGCCCACCGCCCCGCAUAGAGCUUGUCUGUGUUGCAUGCGGUCUUUGCAGAUAGCCGAGCUGAAAAAGAAGGGGGGAAAACAAAAACAAACAAACAAACAAAAGGGGGGGGGAGGAAAAUAA